AUUAAACACCUCCUUAGUGCCGCCCUAUGCCCUGCAUGGGCCGGGGCCAGAGCUCCAGCUCCCGAUCCAGCGUAGCGAUCGACGCGGGCGACCACCACCCCUGCCGCUCUGGUCAUAGUCCCUCGAACCCUAGGCUGGAAGUCGUGACUGGCUGGCCCAUCAUUAAUUAGCACAUCCGAACGUCAUCAUGAAGCAGGAAGCCCCUCGAGUGAAUCGCCAACUGACCUCGCUCGUACCAGUUGUGAAUAGCACCGCAAGUGGCACCUCUUUGUCUACCGCACUUACGUCAUGUCUGUGGAGGGCAGAAGCUAUAUAAACCCCCUCAGGCAUCGGUGGACUUCAGUAUCUUCUCCUCAUCAACAACACAACCAUCAUAACAAUAACAACAAGACUUUCUAGUAAAGCAUCAAGACUUCUCAAGUUAUCAACUCUCCUUCCUUUCCAUAUCUCAACUAAAAAAAGCAUCAUGUCUGGAAUCAUCCACAAGGUUAAGGAUGCCGUGACCGGCCAUCACGACUCCUCCAACACCUCCACCACCAACAACACUGCCUCCAACGGCCCUCACUCCUCCAAGAUCGCCAACAAGCUCGACCCCCGCGUCGACAGUGAAGCCGAAGCCCGCGCCAGCCAACCAUCCACCACCACCACGACCGCCCAAGGCCCUCACUCCUCCAGCACAGCCAACAAGGCCGACCCCCGCGUCGACUCCGACCGAGACCACCGCGCCCAGCCCGGUGGCUUCAGCAACACCUCCACCACCCACGGCCCCCACGACUCCAAGCUCGCCAACAAGGCCGACCCCCGUGUCGACUCAGACCGCGACCACCGCGCCCAGCCUACCAUGAGCGGCGGCGGCGCAACCACCGGCCCGCACGACUCGAAGCUCGCCAACAAGGCUGAUCCCCGCGUCGACUCGGACCGCGAUAACCGUGUUCGUCAUGAGGCGCUGGGCGGUCCGCAGGGCCCUCAUGAUACCGGCGUCGUGAACAAGAUGGAUCCUCGCGUGGAUAGUGAUCGGGACAACCGCGCCGCUGGACUCUCUGGCACUGGCACCGGCCUUGGAAACACCAACACCCACCAUGGUCACCACACCUCCAACUAUGGCGCUCCCAGCUCUGGCGUCGGCUCUGGCGUCGGCUCUGGUGGUUUCCCCGGCGAAUACACCACCGGCACCACGGGUCCCACGGGCACAUCGACCGGCCUUGGAUCUAGCACUGGCACCAACACCCACCACGGCCACCACACCUCCAACUACGGCGCCCCCAGCUCUGGCGUCGGCUCUGGUGUCGGCAGCGGCGGCCUCCCUGGCGAAUACACCACCGGCACCACCGGCGCUGGCGCUGGCGCUGGCACCGGAUACGGUACUGGCGCUGGCAGCACGAACGCCGGCCCUCAUGACUCCAACCUGAUGAACAAGGUUGAUCCCCGGGUCGACUCGGACCGCGACAACCGUGCCCGUCACCAGGGUCUCGCCAGCAGCAGCUACAAUGCCCCUGGCACUGGCUCCCACGCCACGGCUGGUCCUCAUGGCUCUAACGUCGCGAACAAGCUUGAUCCCCGUGUCGAUUCGGAUUUGGACAACAGGGGCACUUUGGGUACUCAGCGGGGAUUCUAAGGGAUUCUUCAAGGGAUCUAGAUGUCUAGUCUUGAGUGAUUGACUGACUGACCGACUCUGCCACUUAUGUUAUGGUAGCUGACUUGAAUCUUUUCCCCCCCCCGUCCCACUGACGCUGUUACGAUAUGAUUAUGGCUAUGCGCACUUAUUUCGGGU